AUGAAUCACAAGGAGGAGGAGAAGCUGAAGAUGUGUUCCAUUUGUGGACAGUUUUUUAAUUCACAGUCCACACUGGAGGUUCAUAUGAAAAUACACAACGUUGAAGCUUUUUGGGAGUGCGUUGAGUGCGGCAAAUCGUUUGGCACCAAGUCUCGCUUGGACCGCCAUAAAACCAUUCACGUGAAAGACCAGCCCAUUCCUUGUCCGCAGUGCGACAGAACAUUUAAGAAGCGGGAAAACUACGAGAUGCACCUUCGCAUGCACGCUGGGGAGGUCUUGUACCCCUGCACCGAGUGCGAGAAAUUGUUUACCGUCAAGGCUACCUGCGACAGGCACAUCAGGAGCCACAGCAUGGAGAGGCCCCACGUGUGCCGCCAGUGCGGCAAGUGCUUCCUGUACAACGGCUGUCUGAUUCGACACCUCCGCACUCAUACCGGAGAACGCCCCUUUCCCUGCCCCGAGUGCGGCAAGUGCUUUCGCCAAACGUCGGCGCUCACCCGACACCUGAAAACGCACUCUGGGGAAAAACCAUACGACUGCCCGGAAUGCGGCAAGUGUUUCGCCAAUGAAUUCGAUGUCGUACGGCACAGGGAAACGCAUCGCAACGAAGGGGAGAUCGUACAGUGUGUGACAAACGAUGACAUGCCAACAUACAUUAUCCUGUGA